AUGGAAACAUUGAGCGAGAACAACAGCAACAAAAGGAAAAUCUUCUUCGAAGAAGCUGAUCGACCACCGCCAUCGUAUUAUGAUGGUAGCUUAGAGAAGAUGCCAUUGAAGAAGGUCCCUUUUCAGACACCUGAUCCCGAAAGUUGGCUGAAAGCUCCUGAGUUUGUACCACGUAGAAAAAUUCUGGAAGAGGCAUUUUCAACAUUGCCUGAAUGUCGACAGGAUCGUUCAUCACUAACAGAAGUGCCAUUUAUACCGAUUGGCCAUAUACCAGCACAGGCUUCAAUGGAAAAGUACAUCGGUGCUGCUGGUCCACUUAUUCCUCGGCCACCGCCUCCGGCCCCCUAUGUGGCGCCGCCUUUCCCUGCAAUGCUCGCAAUGCCGCCCGCCACAGCCUCCUCACAUCCGAUGCCCGUCAUCCCGAACGGAUACACUGUUAACAUCACAAAUAUAAAUCAUGAUCUACAGACUUUCGGAGUUGGUAGAGAAAUUAAUCUUUCGUUUUUCAUAGUCGAAUUUCCUAGGAAUGUGACGAAGAAGGUGAAAGAGGAAGGUCAGAAUAAAACGUACAUUUGUAAGCCAGAAUCAUCCAGUCCGUUACAUCCACUAGAUCCGAACGGUUAUGGAAGCGACCGAAACGGUGGCACGACCACACCAAACCCUUCACCGAUAAAAGAAGCCGAGGAGACGGUCGUGAAGCUGCAGAUGCGAAAGGUCGCCGAUCAGAAAAUGUCAGCUUUGCAGGCCGAAGUUUCAAAACAGCUGCUAAGUGGAUCGUGCCCGAAUCUGAACGAUGAACAACUUGAAAUUUGGGAUAACUAUUUGUAUGCAGCGACUGUUGAUAGCAAAGAAGACAAGGAGAAAACAAGCCCUCCACCGAAAUCGCCAAAACCACCAGCGUCACCAAAAUCACCAAAAUCUCCAAAAAAUGAUCCGGCAGAGAUAUCCGGUAACCAUAUGACGUCGUCGAUGGUGAUGAAGCGAUUGGCUGAGCAACGAUUCCACGACUCGGAUGGAUCGACUCAACGAAGUCUCGCUGCCGAGAUGCAGGAACUCACUUUUCGGCCAGAAAUCAGUAAAUACGGAUAUCCCCAGAUUGAUGCCAAGCGAGUACAGCUGGCCACAUUUCAUCAGAACACCGUUCGAACACAAAUGGCUACGCGAUGCUUUACUUCCGAUUCGGAAUCUGAUCAAUGCGAAGAGGACUGUUUUGAAGGCAUGAACAUUACCGUGAACACAUUCGAUACGUGUGAUGAUCUUACGCUAUCUGAUAUCGAAAAGGCACCGACGCGUUUCGAGCAGAUUCAUCAAGCUUUAAAGCAGAACACACUACGAUACGCCGAACUGCGACCUCCACAACGAGUCUGUUGCUCUAUAAUGUGA